AUGGCGUUUAGGCUGUUCCUUUCAUUUGCUCUUCUUACUUUCAACACAGGGUUCAGUGCUGAGAUCUCUGUAUUUGUGCAGACAGAAGCUUCUGUUAAACUGGAUAUACAGACACAACAACUAUCAGAGUUUGAUCUUUUUUACUGGAUGAAUAAUAAAUCUGAAGAAAUAGUUAGAUAUAUAAAUGGAACUAAACAAGUAAGAUUUCAUACUUUCUUUGAGAACAGAUUGGAUUUCAGUGCUAAAACCUUCUCUCUAACACUGAAGAGCAUGCAGAAGACAGACAGUGGACUCUACACAGCAAGAGCAAGUGCAGAUUCAGACAUAAAUAUUGUUACAUACAGAGUAUCUGUUAUAGAUGCAGUGAAAACUCCAGUACUGAUUGUAAAUUCAAACCGGUCCAGCCCUGACUCCUGUAGCUUUACAUGUAAUGGAAGUAAUAGUAUCAUCAGCUCUAUUUAUAAUAGUAGCAGCUGUUCUCGAGAGGAAGUGACAUCAUCUGAUAAUCACACUCUAAGACUGAGCUGCAGUGGUGACUCCAUCAUAUGUAACUACAGCAACCCAGUGAGCUGGAAGACUGACACAGAGACGGUUAAUGAACUCUGCACUGUUAAUCAAGAUACUUCUCCCUUCAGAUGA